UGCGGGAGCCAAGCGAUGAGUGAAGUAGGUUGCGCAAAUGUUUUUAGCUGCCCUCCGUGCAUGCAGCUGGCAGGUAUCUUGAAGCGCUAUUUGGCCGCCAACUCUGUCUAGGUUGAACAGCAUGUGCUGUGUUUGUGCCUCAUACUUGUUCUCAGAUGCAAAACAAGCGACUUCGUUCAGUGAAACGCUCUGUCAAGAACCCGCACGCCGCAAUGGAGUUGGCAGUGCUGCCACUCCUUCUCUCGCUGGCCAGCUGUGCGAGCUGUGUUACCGUCUCCACGAACGAGGGCGCCCUUCAAGGCCGAACCACGAGAGUACUCGAUAAGGAGAUCCAAGUGUUUUUGGGCAUUCCAUACGCUAAACCACCAGUAGGAAAUCUGCGGUUCAAAAAACCGCAGGCUGCUGAGCCAUGGCAGGGAGUGUACGACGCAAGGCAAGCCCGGGAGUCCUGCGCGCAGCCUCCUUAUCCAGGGAUUUUCGACAUACCAACGGCGCUCUCCGAGGACUGUCUCUACCUGAACGUCUGGACACCGUUGGCUUCGACAUCGCAGGGGUCUCCCGUCUUAGUCUGGUUCCACGGUGGCAUGUUUCAAGUCGGUUCGGCUUACGAAGCAAGGUAUAACGGCUCCGCCUUGGCAGCACUCAAUGAAGUCGUGGUCGUCUCGUGCAACUUUCGCCUGUCUCUGCUGGGCUUUCUGGACCUGAAUCACACAACGAUUCCCGGUAACUUGGCUUUGUGGGACCAACGGGCUGCCCUGCAGUGGGUGCAGCGAAACAUACGGGCAUUCGGAGGGGACCCCGGUAGCGUCACUGUUUUCGGCGAAAGCUCGGGCGCCAUGUCGAUUCACGGCCACAUUUUGUCACCACACAGUAGCGGUCUUUUCCACAGGGUAUUCCUGAUGAGCGGGUCGAUGAGCAACGACGUCUGCAUGUACACCGUGUCCGAGACCAUCGCUGGCGUGAACAUUAUCUCGGAGGCCGUCGGCUGCGGCUCGUACGAAGGGGCAACCGAUCCUGGUGAACUGCUGGAUUGCCUUCGAGGCCGUCCGGCGCAAGACCUCUGCGCUGCUCAAUCGGAGGUUUUGCGACCGACGUACGAGAACGAGUUCAUACCGUGCCGACCUUCGUUUUCCAUGAAGGAAAGAUACUUCGAGAACUACGACGCGAUGGUCAGUGUCACGGCUAACGAGGGAGCUUUCGUUUUCCACUUUCAUCCUGACAAAGGGGUGCUUAAUGACGAUUUGAGUUCUUAUGAGUUGACAAACCUGAAAGAUUCUCUUAAAAUUCUUUUACGCCUCUUUGUUAGGAAUCGACACGCUUCCGCUGCCAUGAACUACAUUGACAACCUUCACUUUGAAAACAACGAUGAACUCAGAAACACGAUUGCAGACAUUCUGGGCAACCGGCUGUUCUACUGCCCCUCAAGAGUCUUCGCAGAAGAGUAUUCUGCCAAGGGCAACAACGUAUACGCUAUGGUUUUUGGGCACCGCUCGGAAAAAACGCGGCUCCCUAAGUGGUUUGGCGCUACGCAUCUGGAAGAAGUGCAGUUCGUGUUUGGCAUUCCUUUCUUGAACCUUGCGAACUACACUGACAAGGACAGGGAAUUCAGUGCACACGCUAUGGCAAUACUGGCGUCAUUCGCUCGAUCAGGAAAGCCUACUUUACCCGACGGUGAGGAAUUGCCCAAGUUCACAACCGAACAUCCGGAUUUUACGUGGCUUCAAGCAGGAAAUUACACCGUUGCCCAAGGUUUCGCCGCAGCUGCAUGCGACAUGUGGAAACAACCGCCCUGAAAACCUACGAAUACGUAGGCUACAUUGCGGCAGACGGAAUGUAAUAUGUCGUGGCGGAAACAGGAAGUAUUCAGCCCAUGUAUGGUAGACGUAGGUACUUAAGGGUACCUUGUUUUACUGCGAGUUUUACACAGGCAUUAUCUACGAGUCGUGCGUUUCUGCAUUUUAUAAUCACAGGUACACGACCAAGCGUAAGUGAAUCUAGUGAUAGCAAGACUUGCGUGGCGGUUUUCAUUCUUUAAGUGUGAACA